GGAGGCGGAGGCUGGGGAAGAGCAGGCGGAGGCAGACGCAGAGGCGGAGGCGGAGGCGGAGGCGGAGGCGGAGGCAGAUGCCGAGGCAGAUGCCGAGGCAGAGGCAGAGGCGGCCGCAACUAUGGCGGCGGCGGCGGCGGCGGUGGCGGCGGCGACGGCAGACACGAAGGCAGGCACGCCGGCGGCGGCAAGCCCAGCGGCCGUGGCAGGCGGAGGCGACGCUCCGGAGGAUGCUUUGAGUGCGCGCAUCGAGCAGCUCCGGCGCGAGGCACUAGUGGCCAAGCGAGAGGGCCGGACCGACGAGGCGCUCGCAAAGAUGAGGGAGAUGCGCACUUUGCAGCGCGAGGCUGCCGGAGAGACUGCCGACCCUGGCGGCGCCGCGGCCGCGCCGGCACCAGCGGCUCCACCGCCGCCGCCAGUCCCCCUGCUGAAUCCCGACCUCAGCAAGACGGAGAUGGAGGUUCGGCUGGCGUCGGCGGUCUUGGGCGGCGCUGUGGGCAGCAGCGUCUCGUGCUACGCCGUCUUCCGCUGGUCCCUGCCCGCCCCCGGCAGUGGCGUGGCGAAGCAUGGCUUUGUGAGCGGCGCGGGAGAGCCUGUCACCGUCACGACCGAGGCGGUGCCGGCGGGGAGCCGCUGCCCUGCGUGGGGGCACAGCGGACGCGUGGCGCUCGGGACGGACCCGCGUCGGUCUCGCUCCGCGGUCCGUCACUUUUCAACGGGCGAAGGCCGCUCCGGGAGGGUCGAGGUGUGGGGCGCGGCCGCCGGAAUGAACAAGUUCCUCGGAGGCAAGGACGAGCUGCUCGGCGCGGGGGAGGUGAAGGUGUCGGCGCUGGUGGGCGCCGCGACCGCCUCGGAGCAGGUGGCCCUCGCCGACGCAAAGGGCCGCGGCGCCGGCACCGUGGACGUGACUCUGCGCGAGGAGGACGACAUGGGGUACGCGAGUUCGAUCGUGAGCUACAACGUGCUGGGAGCCGAGCUCGAGGAGCUGAGCAACAUGCGGUCGGCUCUGGAGGCGCUCGCUCCCUCGCUCCCUCGGCGUUCGGCAAAGGGCGCGAUCAUACCGACCACAUUUGAGGGGAGGCAUCAGGCUCUCGAGUUCCGCCAAGAGAUGCUGCAGAUCCAGGCUCGCGUUGACACCGGCCAGCUCUCGCUCGAGGCGUACCUCGACCAGCUGCGCGCCGCGGUGGCCAAGGAGAAGGCGCGCUUCGCCCAGCUCAAGGCAAGCGGCCCGCCCUCCCUCCUCGCCAAGGAGGGAGCCGGCGCGCUCGUCACCAAGGCCGCCAUCCGCGCCAACAAGCGCGCGCAGACGAUGCAGCAGGAGAUCGACGAGGCGAUGGCUGCGGGCUGAGCGUGGCAUCGGGAGCCGUCCGGGCUCGCAGCCCGGCGGCCGUCUGUGGUGGAGCGUCGUCGUCUUGUGGUGUGUGUGCUGACGAUGGCGGUCUGCUCUCGGCGUGUGCUCGAGCGAGGAGAGAGCAGGGUAGCGUCGUCCGAGAGUCUCCCUCUUGGCGCUUGGAGCGCGUGUUGUUGUUGAGAGGUGCGGUGAUACCGGUGUUGUGUUUUUUAGUAGGUCAGACUUAUAAAA